UUCAAAAUAUUUUUGUCCAGACUCUCAGCUGACCAAAAGCUACAGGAUGGCGGCAACGAAGCUGCUACUCUUGGGACUCUGUCUAUCUGUUAUGAUCUCUGUCUCUGUUUCACAAAGAUUCCCGAUGUAUGGUGGCGGAGGUGGAGGGAGAUUUGGAGGUAUAACACCCGGGGCCCGUCUUGCUAACUAUUGCGGGAUGUAUAAUAAGGAGAAGGUGGAUGAGGGAUAUACGUGCAACUGGAAUGUUCUGAAAAAAAUAUUUGAGAAGGAUAAGGAAAUCAACCAUGACGAAUCUAUGAGACAGCUCUUCCGAAUGGCGAGGAAUGGAAUGCUGUGCUACACCGAAGGUGCACGCAUCGUGAACGUUAGAGGGCCUUGUCAUGCCAUGGAAGUUUCGUGCCGUCACUUCGCCCAUAGUAGCGCAAUUGAUAACUGCUGGAGAGUGUCACAAGCAAAUCCACCUGCGACUGCUCGACCAAAUCCACCUCAAGCUCCAGGUGGCCGCGGUAUCUAAACCCGUGAUGGUGCUAUUCUAGUCCGCCGAACUUAAAUGUUAAUGCCCGGAACGCCGC